AGGGGCGGGGGCGGCACCGGCACCACCGGCACCGGGACCACCGGGAGCGGCACCGGGAGCGAGGAGGCGGCCGCGGCGGGGGCCGCGCCGCGCCAUGGCCCAGCAGCAGAUGAGCAGCUCGCAGAAGGCGCUGAUGCUGGAGCUGAAGUCGCUGCAGGAGGAGCCGGUCGAGGGCUUCCGCAUCACCCUGGUCGACGAGUCCGACCUCUACAACUGGGAGGUGGCGAUCUUCGGGCCCCCCAACACGCUCUACGAGGGCGGGUACUUCAAGGCUCACAUUAAAUUUCCUAUUGACUAUCCAUAUUCACCACCUACCUUCAGAUUCCUGACCAAAAUGUGGCACCCCAACAUUUAUGAGAAUGGAGAUGUAUGUAUUUCAAUUCUUCACCCACCUGUAGAUGACCCACAAAGUGGAGAGCUACCAUCAGAGAGGUGGAACCCUACCCAAAAUGUCAGGACUAUCUUACUGAGUGUAAUCUCUUUGCUUAAUGAGCCCAACACAUUCUCCCCAGCCAAUGUGGAUGCGUCAGUCAUGUUCAGGAAAUGGAGGGACAGUAAAGGAAAAGACAAGGAGUACGCUGAAAUCAUAAGGAAACAGGUUUUGGCUACCAAAGCUGAGGCAGAGAAGGAUGGCGUGAAGGUCCCCACUACACUGGCAGAGUACUGCAUCAAAACUAAAGUGCCUUCCAAUGACAACAGUUCAGAUUUGCUUUAUGACGACUUGUACGAUGACGACAUUGACGAUGAAGACGAGGAGGAGGAGGAUGCCGACUGUUACGAUGAUGAUGAUUCUGGCAACGAGGAGUCGUGACCUGCUCCCUCUAUGCCCCUGUACUGCCCUGCCGACUCAGGCCAGAAGGGAGCAGCGGUAACCUAGCAGCAGUCCAGCAAAAAAGUGGGGGGGGGUGGGGUGUCAAAAAAAAAAAAAAAAAACAAAACAAAAAAAAAAACCCAACACAAAACUUUGUCUCCUGCUGUCUCCUGUUGUAUGGAUCUGUUCGCUCCUUUUUUAUGGACCUCUUAGAGACCCUCCACAGAAUGUCUGAAUUCUUGCAUUCUUAACCCUUUCAUCACUGUAUUACAAUUUCUUUUUAAAAAAGAAACUCCCCUUUUCACUUCUCUACGAAAUGCUCACAGCAAAACAGGUUUGCUCGUGUUUAGAUUCUUGAAUUAAAUGCAGUCUUGCAUUGAGAUGUUUAAUGUAUUUAAAGCUGGAACAAACCCAUUGGAAGCUGGGUUUUUGGGAGCUCAAAGUGCUGCAUUCACUGGGAAGAAAAAAAAAAAUCCCCACGAAGCAAAUUGCCAAGGUUUAGCUGCUCCAUUUACAAUAAUAGCGUGUGUACAUUCGUUUAGCCUUGUGGUGGUGGCUUUUCCUUUAUAAGGUGUGGGGCGGAGAGUGUAAAGCUACUUUGUGUUGAGCUUGAUGGGAUGUCACUGAAAGGUACAGUAUUCCUUUUCAGCCUACUAAGUUAGGAAAUAGCCGGCUCCUGGAGCCCCAGAGGGCACAAUCAGCUUUGUCUCUGGAAAAGGCUUGUGAUAUGAACCUAAAAUAAACACUUAACACUUCACAUCUGUACAACUGAGCCCUGGGUUGCUAUUUCUUUUUUUUUUUUUUAUUUUAUUUUCCCUUUUUUUUCCCCCCAGACUAGGAUAAGGUUGAAAAAGUUCAGUUUAGCCAUUCUGCUGAGAUUGCUGCCAGCAGCCCCUCUCUGGAGGGAGGAGAGCAGAUGUACAUCCUGCUGCCCAGAGGGCCACCAUUCGUGCUGGACUUAUUUUUGGCAGUGGGACAGAGCAGCAGCCUCCUGCCUGGUGCUGGCUGGCAGCCCUUGCUCCCUGCAGCCCCAGCCCUCUGCAUCUGGAGCUGCCUUCUGUCACUGAUGUAGGUCACCUGUGGGCAGGUGCAGCUCUGUGCAGCUGAGUAAAAACGCCUGACAUGCACUUGCUUAGAUGUAGGUUUGUUUACACAGAAAAGGUAAUUAACUGUAUGGGAGAUAAAAAGGUUUAUGAUUUCAAAAAGACAAUCCAAGUGAUACAGUGUGAGAUCCUAGCUCCCUGAUGAUGUCUGGAAUUCUGCCCACAUUUUAUAGGCAUUGACUUCUUCCAUUCUAAUUCUCUAGCUAAACAUGGAAGCUGAAGGUAUUGGGGGUUCACUACACACAGAAGAGCUCCUAAAAGAGGGGAAUUCUGUUUGUUCUCCUCCAGCGCUUGCAUUUUUAUGGAGUCACAUUCUUUACUGUGGUUUUUCAGCAGAGUGGUAAGACGGCAAAGACUAGAUUUUAUUUUUUUUUUUUUUUUUUUUUUUUUUUUUUUUUUUUUUUUUUUAAGAGGAGUACUUUGCAUGCGUUUCCCAGAGGAAUUCAGAGAAGAGCCCGCGGGGCCGGCGGACUGCGGAGCUGGCUUUGGCGCCCGCGGCGUGUCCGGGCUGUGUGUGCUGCGGGCAGAGGUGGCCGUGCCGGGCUCUCCCCUGCCCGUCUCCCUGGGGCACAGCGGUGCGCAGCCCCACGGCAGAGCAGGCCAGCAGCAGGUUUUGGCAGGCUCUCCAGCAGUGUGCCUCAGCGGCUGCCCCGAGCUUGUUUUUGGGAGCCCUUGGCAGAGCUUCGGGCGCUCCGUCGUGCGCAGGGGGAUCCUGCAUGUUCCUGUCUCAGACCCCUCUUCCUCAGGCCCUCGGCUCUCCCCCCGUUGCAGCGUGCUCGCGUUUGGCUGUGGUGCGGUGCCCCGAGUUCCCCUCUCGUAUGAUCCCGGGAUCUGCAGCCGGGCCUGGCAGCCCCGGGAGCAGUUCAGAGGUGCUGGCCCUGCUUGGGCGGGACCCUCGGUCCCCACAGGUACAGAGGCAUCGCCCUGACCAGAGCCUGCGCCUCCCCUCCGUGUGUCUCAGGGUUUUCCAUGGUACGUCCCUAGCUGCGGUCCCUCGGGGUGCUUCGGUGGGAACAGCCUUUGCUCUGGACCCGCUCCCUGGCUGCGUCCCGGGGCAAGACUGAGCAAAAGCUCCGAGUGUGCUGCCCGGACGGAGAGGAGAGGAAGGCCCUCGGGGCUCUGCAUGAAGUGAGCCAGGCAGAUCUGUUCCCAAAGUGUCACUUGGCUGGGGUUUGCAGGGACAGUUCCUGCCGCUGCGGUGCAUCCCUCUGCCCCAGUGGCGAUUCCUUGUGCCCGGCGCUCCCUCGGCCGCCCGCCCUCCUGCUUGCGUAUUACCUGGGAAGGCAGCCGCGCCCUCCUGAGGUGUCAGCCUUCUUCCAGCAAGAACUUACCCAGCCCCAGGUUCUUUCUGGAGCCUGCAGCGGGGCUCGCCUGAGUUUAGUGACAGUGUGGGGCACCCCCAGCUUUGUACCAGCCCUCCGAGGGCAGCGCCAGGGUUAACAAAUGGGCCCCUAAUGCACCUGGCUGCAGGACUGGACUCGGGGCCACACCAGGGCAGGGGCACCGACCUCCAACUUUCAGGCGGCUGUGGGGGGUGAAGAAGAAGCAGAGUGUGGCAGCACUGGCUUUGCUGAUGACUUGGUUGGAAAUGAGGAUACUGCAUCUUUCAGGAUUUCCCCUGUACUUUUGACCGUCUUCACUGUAUACUCUCCAGUGACUUGUAUUUCCAAGCUUGGUGUUGUAAGAUGCAUUAUUAUGACUCUUCUGUUACCCUUUUUUAAUGACAAAAAAAGCAACCUCUUUUGAGAGCUCCGACAUUAACCAGGCUAAUUUCUCUUCCCCACUGUCCUGUGCAGUGUCAUUGCUUGUUGACUUGCUGGUUUCCUUUUUUUGAAAUACAACUGAAGUAUGAGGGGAUUUUUUUGAAACUAUUUAAGAGAUUGCAGAAAAAUGUUUACCUGCUCUGUGUAUUCUGGGUUUUUCUUAACCCCUUUUCUCCUGUUUCAGUCAAUAUUAGCGUUUACAUUUGCAGCUACAUGUCCCUUCAAUUGCAGUUUUCAACCAUUCUGAAACCAGCAGGGUACACUAGAUUUCUUAGUAGUUUUCUUAGCUGAACUCCCAGAUCUUUUCCUUUUUUUCUUCAGCAUAAUUUACCAGAAAGAAUUAACUGAUGCAUUUUUGUGUUGUCUUCUCCUUCAGUAGUUAUAUUUUGUCUUUUCUGCACAUCUGUCUACUAAUAAAAAUGUGAAAUGAAAA